AUGGCCGCUCCUCCGAGUGCGAAGCGAUCGAAGCGUGGAGAGCACCCAGCAGUGGCGCGCCGAGCCGUCGACACCGUGACGGAGAUUCGAUACGGUGACCUAGACGCGCUACCCGCAGACGUGUGGCUGCGCAUCGCAAAGGAGGUCGUGGAGAGAGACGAGUGCAGCUGCUCGUGGCCGCUCGUGUCGUGCGCCAUCGCCAUGCCGUGCAUGCGACGCGCACUAUCGGGAGACGUGCCUCUCGUGUUCUACGAAAAGUGCGAGUGCGUCCCCUCCGCCGUCUCCCUCGCUCAACAAAUCCGCAGCUUCGCAUGGCUGACGAAGCAGCUUCAAAGCCCUUCGGACUUCAUCUUCUCAAUCCAUGAAUCACCUCCCCGCCUCCUUUCCUCCCUCAUGCGCUCGUGCCUGUUCCCUUCCCUCUCCUCCAUCACCUCCCUUGAUCUCUACUUUUCCCAGAGCCUCCCCUCCCAUCCGCGCCUUCUCUUCUCCCUCUCGCAAGCGCCGCGCCUCAUGUCGCUUUCUAUUACGCAUGACGUUGCGUCGGACAGCGAGAGUGACACGCAACGGCACCACGGCAACGACCCCGUGAUGGUGGCGGAAAUGUGGGAAAUCGUUUCAAUCAUGCAAGAGGAGAAGGCGAGUGACAAGGACAGGUCGUUUCCCGUGCUGCGAAGCCUCCAACUCGACCUCCCCGCCUGCUCGCCUCUCGUCCUGCGCUUCGUCUCCUGCAUCUCUUCACAGCUGGACUAUCUCUCUCUUGGCGGUAAAAAUCAGUUCGCGGCUCACGAGGGCGAAGAGGAGGCUGAGAGGGGUGAGAACGCGGAAGCGCCAAGGGGGCGUGAGAGGGACGUUGACGGGCGAGACUCCUUAACUCUUCACGAAUGCCCGAAUGCCACGAAUGGCCGAUUCCACGGGAUCAGCUGCUCCAUUUCCCUCUCCGCCCCUCGUCUUUCCGCCCUCUGCGUGCUCUGGAAGUCUCCCCAUUUCCGCCUGCUCCUGCUCCCCACAUGCCCCGCGCACCUGCCGUCUCUCUUCCUUAGCUCGGACGGACCCUGCGAGUGGCCGUUGCAAGCGCCUCACCUCACGUCGCUUGAAUGCCUCUGCACCAACAUGCAGCCAGAGCAGGCUGCUUGUUUCCCUCCUGGUGUUCUAGCGACAGUCAAGGCGCUUGAGUGGAGAUAUGUUAAGGUUUCGCGGCCGCUGGACUUGCGUGCUUGGCACGGCCUGCGUUGCUUCCAUGCCAUGGGAUGGGACCCUGUGUCUCUGUGGAUGCUUCGCUUUGGCGUGCUCUGGCCUUGUGGCGUGGAGGGAUUGUUCUUCGAUCACAUUGGGAGCGACGUUGUGGAAGUUCUCAGGAGUGAGCUGAGAGAAGGUUUGAGGCAUGGAAGGGAGGGCACGUCGAGCAGCCGAGAUGACAUAGGCCUCGGGACAGUGGAAGGUGGGCCCGACAAGGACGGAAGCAGGGAUAUGGUUCAGGCUAAUGACGACGUGGCUCUCAUGUUUUACGAGAAAUGCCCGUGCUCAACUCCCUCCAUCUCCCUCGCUCAACGAAUUCGCAGCUUCGCAUGGCUGACCAAACAGCACCCGCGUCUCUCCGAGCUCUACGUAUCUCUUGACACUUCACCCCCCCGGCUCUUCUGCUCCCUCUUACACUCCUGCGUCUUCCCUUACCUCUCCUCCCUCACCUCUCUCACUAUCGACUUCUCCCGACGCCUCCCCUCCCCUCCGCGCCUUCUCUACUCCCUCUCUCAAGCGCCGCGCCUUAAGUUGCUUUCUCUUACUCAUGGCACCGUGCGGACAGACAGCAAGCACGAGUUGGCGCGGCACGGCUGCAAUGAUGCAGUGAUGGUGGCCGAGAUGUGGGAAAUAAUUACAAUCAUGGAGAUAAGGAAGCCGGAUGGAAAGGAGAAGCCAUUUCCGGUGCUGUCUCGCCUCGAUCUCUCUCUCCCCGCCUGCUCGCCUCUCGUCCUCCGCUUCGUCUCCUGCCUCUCUGCCCAGCUUCGCACUCUCUGCCUCAUCGCUUCUGCAGAUCAAUUUGCAGCUCAGGAGGGGAAUGAGGGCGCAGAAAGUGGUACGGGGAACGCGGACGGGUGGAGGGGGCGUGAGAGGGACAUUGACGGACGAAACUCCUUUUCUCUUCACCUCCCGCUGGCCACCAACGUCAGAUUCGACAGUAUUAACUGCUCCAUUUCGCUGUCCGCCCCUCGUCUCUCCGACCUCGGCUUUACUUGGCGGUCACGCCAUUCCCGCCUGCUCCUGCUCCCCACGUGCCCCGCGCAUCUGACAUCUCUCUACCUUGACACCGACUGGACCUGCGAGUGGGCGUUUCACGGGCCUCACCUCACCUCACUUGAUUCCCUCUGCACCAACAUGGAGCCAGAGAAGGUGGCAUGCUUCCCUCCCAGUGUGAUAGCGACCGUCAAGGCCCUUGAGUGGAGGAAUGAAACAUCGCUGGACUUGAGUGCUUGGCAGGGCCUGCGUUGUUUCCACGCUGUAGGCUGGCCCCCUGUAACUCUUGCAGAUCUCCGCUCGGGUGUGCUCUGGCCUUGUGGCCUGGAGGGGUUGUUUUUCAACAGCAUUGGCCCCGACGUCGUGGGACUGUUUGAGAAUGGGCUGGGAGAGGGCGAUGGGGGAGAAAGCUUGGGAAGGAGGAGGCAUGGAAGGGAUGAGAUAGUCUUGUACUUUGCUCUGCUCUCACUUGUUGGAUGCAUUGUUACAUAA